AUGCCUAUGUUCUUUGUGAACACCAGUGUUUCCUGUGCCUCCAUGCUGGGGGGGGGGGUUCUCUCCAAGCUCACCCAGCAGCUGGUGCAGGCAACUGGCAAGCCGGCACAGUACAUCUCAGUUCAUGUGGUUCCAGAAUAGCUCAUGACUUUAGAAGGCCCCUGUGCCCUCUGCAACCUGUACAGCAUCACCAAGAUAGGUGGCACUCACCGCUGUGACUACAGCAAGCUGCUAUGCAUCCUGCUGUCUGAACACCUGCACAUCAGCGCGGACUGGGUCUACAUCAACUAUUGCAACAUGAAUGCAGCCAUCAUGGGCUAUAACAGUUCUACCUUUGCUUGA